ACAUCUGGCAACACUUAUUCCCAUUCGCCGUAUCCGCUUGCUGUCGAAGUAAUUCUUUUCAGAGAAUAUUUUGCCAAGAUAGAGUCAUAUUUGGUAAACAAAAUGCAGUUGCAAAUUAGAGGACCACGCACACAUGUCAUCGACUGUGAAAAUAUCGAGACUAUUGGCAGUGUCAUUGAAAGGAUAGCUCAGUUGGAAGAAGUGUGUGGAGAUGAUAUUAGGUUAUCUUGUGAGGGUACUAUUUUGUCUAAGGAAGACUCUCUAUCUAGCUUAUCCAGUUGUCAGCUUGAUUUAACUGUAUCCUUGUUGGGAGGAAAAGUCCAUGGUUCUUUAGCUCGUGCAGGUAAAGUAAAAGGACAGACACCCAAAGUAGAAAAACAAGAAAAGAAGAAGAAGAAGACUGGCAGAGCUAAGAGACGUAUUCAAUACAAUCGCCGCUUUGUUAAUGUUGUUCAAGGAUUUGGCAGACGUCGUGGACCAAAUGCCAAUGCUUAAGUUUGUUUAUAGCGAGUGAUGAAUAAGAAAUAAAUUUGU